AUGGAGAAAACUGUACAAAAUCGAACUACCGAAAAGUGUUCCUGCUGGAUGGUCCCACCAUGGAGAUUUUCGGAUUUAUCAGAUGAAAAAUUAUAUCUGGCCUACACACAACAACAACGACAAAGGGCUGUUCUCCGAUUGAUCCUUACAGGGGUUUUGUUUCAAGUGUUUGCAUCGCUUGUGCCUGGAGAACGUGAUUUGCAUUUCGCUUAUAAAUCUGUCGCAAUUUCCCUUGUGCUGAAUUUAAUUUUGGCAGUAAUCUACGCUCUGUACCGCAAAGCAAGAACAGCUUUAAAUCAUAUCGCAUGGAUUACACUGUGGGUUCAACUCCUUGUGAGCACUUCCAGACGCCUUGGAGAUUCGUAUAAUGAAUUGCUGGGUUGGGCCGUUGUACUGCAAUAUUUUACCCUUGCAACGUUACCAUUCCAUUAUAUACUUCUUAUAUUAUAUAGUACACUUUCACUCACUGCGUAUUUACUUAUUCAAUACUAUAAUGCUACAACUACUGAAAGUAGACUGGCCGGCGAUUUUUACUUGCAGCAAAUAGCGAACGGAUGCCUCUUACUCGGAGCUACAUUUCUGGGCGGAACUGCAUAUGCAAUAAGUGAAAAACAACAGCGGAGCUCAUUUCAAGAGACAAAACGGAGUUUACGCGAUAAACUUACAAUUGAACAACAAAGCAAAGAACAAGAAAGAUUGUUGCUAUCCGUGCUUCCUGAACAUGUGGCAGUACAAAUGCGGAAAGAUUUGGGACUUAUCGAUACCCAGUUUAAGAAAAUCUACAUGUCCCGUCAUGAAAAUGUUAGGUGGUAUAUUAUAUGCAGACAUCGUGGGAUUUACGGCUAUAUCCUCAACCUAUUCAGCGCAAGAUUGGUAGCCAUAUUAAACGAACUUUUUGCAAGAUUUGACCGACUUGCGGAGAAAUACCAACAACUAAGGAUCAAGAUUCUAGGCGAUUGCUAUUACUGCAUCAGCGGCGCUCCGGUGGAGAGACCUGACCACGCUGUCUUAUGUGUUCACAUGGGACUGUCUAUGGUCAAGGCGAUUAAAUAUGUUCAACAAACAACAAAUUCGCCAGUGGAUAUGCGCGUGGGCAUCCACACGGGUGCCGUGCUAGCGGGAGUGCUCGGACAACGACAGUGGCAGUUUGACGUUUACUCUCGGGAUGUCGAACUUGCCAACAAAAUGGAAAGCAGCGGGAUGGCUGGGUCUCAACUGGGGGGCUCCGAAUUAAGGGAGAUGCUUAUUCAAUACAGCCCCAGGCUGUAUUACUUUCACGGCGAAGAUAAGAGUGCAGCCGGGGAAGCGGGUGAGGGAGAUGCGAGCGACGCGCUCUCCGAUCUGAAAGACGACGAUGAGGACUCUGUUCUAUCACCGCAAGACGAGAGCAAGGACAAUGAGGAUGUCAAAAUACUCGCAAUGUUAGAGGAAGAACUCGUCAAUAGAGAUGAUAACAAGGAGCUAGCGGAUGCGACGACUUUGUGCCUGACUUUCAAGACCCAAGCGGCGGAGGCUUGUUAUGCGCGCGGAGGGUUGAUGCCUGUCCCCUGGCUGUCUGCGCUCCUCCGCUACUGUUGCUACCCGCUGUUUGUAGCUCUAGCCAGCUUUGCUGUUCCAUCAACCUGGUCUUUACACGCCGUCUAUCUUGCGCUGGUUCUUGAAACAGGACUCGUUAACGUCGCAUACUAUGCUUGCUAUAGAUAUGCUCAUUAUAAGAAAAAAGCUAUAUCUCCCUACUGGAAGCUGACAUGUGGAACGUUCAACAUUGUGAUGUUUGUCGCUGCCAAUAUUGCUCCAUUGGUGGGUGGGUGCGGGUGCGUUAUGUGGUGCAUUAUGGGUUUCUCCACUGGGUGGAUGUGCACGAGCGGCUUUGCUGGGGUCAUUAGCGGCGGCUCACGCUGUAACCGCCGCUCUAACACCCGCGGUACUAACAUCUCGCCCUACCCUCGACCGCGACCCCUUUCGUCUGCCUACAACGCCACCGAUGACUGCGAAGAAGAAUUAUUAAAUCUGCUAGCGAGUCUCUGGAGCGCGCACGGCACUCGCGCGGGGAGAGAAUGCGCGCGCAGGCGGAGCAAGCGAGUGACUUACGGCGACGCAACCAGGCACUGGUCCACAACGUUCUGCCCACCACACGUGGCCAGGCAUUUCAUGGGCGCACGUCAUCAUCACCGUGAUUUAUACAGCCAGAGUUACGCGGAAGUCGGCGUGCUAUUCGCCUCCAUGGCCAAAUUUUACAGCCUUCUGGAUGGUGUAUUGGGUUCGUUGGGCUCACCUGGCAAAUGUUUGGUGGAGUUUGCUUUGGAGCUGCAGCGUGUUCUGGCCGCCAUCAACGAGCAGUCUUUCAAUCAUUUCGUACUUCGCAAUGGGUGUAAAAAGGUUGUAACCACGGACCGAUCACAGCAGGCGUCAUUGGUGCCAGAAAGCCCCCACUAUGAUAUAUGGGGGAACACCGUGAAUGUAGCUUCAGGAUGGAAAGCACUGGCAAGGCUGGAUGUAUACAGAUUUUGGGUAUUACUUCGAGCAACGUGGGCUAGUCGCCGUUUUAAGGGCAAGGGGCAGCUUAUGACGUACUACCUGCAAGGAAAGAAAGGCGACAUAGAUAAUACCACAAACAAUGGCGAAAACGGCGAGUUACUAGCGAACGGGGAACCUACUCCGUCGAUGUUCACUCGUUCAGAGGAAGCGGACGCUGGCCAUCCACUUCUUCCGUAA